AUGGCCGACGAGGACGAGGUGCCCGCCUGGGUCGGGGAGCUCGGCGCGGCCCCGAGCUACGUGCUCCUCAUCACGGGCACGCUCGUCCUCUUCUGGGCGCUGAGCGUCGUCUGCGAGGAGCGCUUCGUGCCCGCGCUGUCGGUGAUCUGCGAGCGCUGCGCGAUCCCCGACGACAUCGCCGGCGCGACGAUCAUGGCCGCCGGCGCGAGCUCGCCAGAGGUCUUCAGCUCGCUCGUGGCGCUCUUCAUCACGCACAGCUCGCUCGGCGUGGGCACCGUCGUCGGCUCGGAGAUCUUCAACCACCUCUGCAUCUGCGCGGGCUCCGUGCUCAGCGCCAAGGGCGGCGUGCUGAUUUUGGACAAGGCCAUCGUCGCGCGGGAGGCUUCCUUCUACCUCCUGUCGUUGGUGCUUCUUUUAUACUUCCUC